CCCAGAGCCAAAACACAUGAUGUCACGGAUGUGCCGGCCAAUGAGAGGCGGGCCGGCUGCAAACGUUCUUGGGAGAUGUAGUUCACGGUUUGCGAUGCAAUGCCGCGUUGCACCAGAGGGGCAGAACUGAGCACUUUCUUGCCUUCAGUGCUAGGAUGAGAAAGUGCAAGGCUUCCUGUUAUGCAUGUGUGACAGCUGUAGAUAAGUGGGGAGGCCCAAACAGGAAAUCCGUCUUGCUUCUGCAGCAUGACUUGUCUGAAGCUCAGGAACCAUCUUAGAUUGAAGUAUCAAUGGCAUGAUGUGCUGCUGCUGAUCAAAACAUGGGAGACAUAGUGAAGAAGAACUUGGAGGAGGAAUCUCCGUUGCCUUUGGAAAAUGAGUGUUCCAGGAACAUGGGAGAGCUUGUGGAGGUCUCCAUCAGUGAAAGGGUUAAGUUUGAUGACACAGGCCUAUCCAUGGUGCUGCAGAACGGCUUGGAGAACCUCCGACUGGAAAACUCUCUCACAGACGUUACCCUGUGUGUGGGCAACAUGAAAUUCUCAUGCCACCGAGUGGUUCUAGCAGCGGCAAGCAAUUAUUUUAGGGCAAUGUUUUGCAACGACUUGAAAGAAAAGUAUGAAGAAAAAAUAGUAAUUAAGGGAGCUGAUGCUGAAACAAUGCAGAUUCUUUUGGAUUACACUUACACAAGCAAAGUGCUGAUCACUAAGGAAAAUGUCCAGAAAGUCCUGGAAGCCGCUAGUCUUUUUCAGUUUUUGCGAAUGGUAGAAGCUUGCUCCAAUUUUCUCAAUGAAGCUCUUCAUCCAGAAAACUGUGUUGGGAUUCUGAGACUGGCUGAUGCUCAUUCACUUGAUAAAUUGAAGCAGCAGGUCAAGGGGUAUAUUAUCCAGAAUUUUUCCCAAGUACUGAAUUAUGACGAGUUCUUAGAACUGCCUGUGGAUGUCCUAUAUAGUAUGCUAAAGAGUGAUGAACUCUGUGUCACUGAUGAAGCUCAAGUGUUUGAAAUGGUUAUAAACUGGGUGCAUUACAAAAUAGCAGAAAGACUUCCUCUCCUUCCUUACAUCCUUGAGGGUGUCAGACUACCCCUUCUGGACCCUUGGUAUUUUGUAGAGACUGUAGAAGCUGAGCCACUGAUCCGACAGUGCCCUGAUGUCUUUCCUCUGCUUCAAGAAGCCAGAAUGUACCAUCUAUCAGGGAACGAGAUCAUUUCUGAAAGAACAAAGCCGAGAAUGCACGAAUUCCAGUCAGAGGUCUUCAUGAUCAUAGGUGGCUGCACAAAGGAUGAAAAGUUUGUAGCUGAAGUCACCUGCCUUGAUCCUUUGAGGCGCAGUCGUUUGGAAGUGGCAAAACUGCCCAACACGGAACAAGAAGCCGAGUGUGAGAAUAAAAAAUGGGUGGAGUUUGCUUGUGCCACAUUAAAAAAUGAAGUCUACAUAUCGGGAGGGAAAGAAACGCAACACGAAGUUUGGAAAUAUAAUUCAUCCAUCAACAAAUGGAUCCAAAUUGAAUAUUUGAACGUUGGAAGAUGGAGACACAAAAUGGCCGUUUUGGGUGGCAAGGUGUAUGUCAUUGGUGGUUACGAUGGUAUACAAAGAAUCAACAGUGUGGAGACAUAUGAUUCUUUUCACAACUGUUGGUCAGAGGCAGCUCCUUUGAUGGUCAAUGUCAGUUCAUUUGGGGCCGCCAGUUACAAGAAGAAGCUCUAUGUGAUUGGAGGAGGACCCAAUGGGAAGCUGGCCACGGACAAAACACAAUGUUAUGACCCAGCAACAAACAACUGGAGCUUAAAAUCACCCAUGCCUGUUGAGGCAAAAUGUGUCAAUGCCACCAGUUUCCAUGACCACAUCUAUGUUGUGGGUGGAGCUAUGAGGGCAGUCUAUUCUUACAGCCCACUCACAGACACCUGGUGCCUGGCCACCCAGUUAAGCCACGAACGAGCAAGUUGUGGGAUUGCUCCUUGCAACAACAAGCUGUUCAUCACCGGAGGACGAGACGAGAAGAACGACGUCAUUGCUACCGUGCUGUGUUGGGAUGCUGAGACCCAGAAACUGACGGAAGAAUGUGUCCUCCCUCGCGGAGUCUCCCAUCACGGAAGUGUCACUCUCCGGAAGUCCUAUACAUACAUCCGCAAGGUAGUGCCUGGAGCAGUCUCAGUCUGACAUUGCAGGGAUACUCAGGAGAAGGAAAGAAGAAGUUGUCAUGAAAUACCUCAUUCCCCCAGGUUUUUAUAUAGGAUGAUCAGGAUGAAACCACUAGGCUGUCACAGCUUUUCAAGAAACAUGUAUUUUUGCUCAGUUUCCUGCCGUAUAGCCUG